UUUCCAUAGAAUUUCAGAAUAAUGAAAUGUCAUUUUUUAUAGACUCAAGUUCUUCAGUGCAAACGGAUUGAACUACAAGUAAAAUAUAAUACAAACUUUGCUUCAUUAUAUAUGUCACUAUCACUUGCAAUAAUUUUCAACCUCAAAAGCUUUGGGUGAAUCGUAACAAUUCUAGGAGCUCUUUAUGCCAAAAUUUUUCAUUAGUUUUUCUAAAAUCGAUGUUAGUUUUGAAAUUGUACAAAUUUAACGAAAACAGUUUUAAAAUUUCUGUAAUUUGAAAAUCUGAAAGUAUAUUGACAAAAUGUCAUCAAAAUUCAACGAAAUUGAGUAUUCGAUACGCAAGGUGAAAAGAGAUGAUUUUUCCGCUAUAAAUACUUUGUUAGAAAGGUACUUUCAUCCCGAGGAGACUAUUCUCAAGUGCCUUUUGUCGCUCGAAUCCAUCGAGGCAUCGAGAUGGCAGCAAAUAAACACAGACCAGCGCAACAUAAUCCAAGCCAUGCUGCAGAAUCAUCCCUGCGACGUAGUCGUUCACAACGAAUCUAAAAAAAUCGUCGCCGUAAACAUCAUGAUCGUCAGUGAAAAUCCAAGCUCGCCACCGUCUCAAGAACCGAUCGUCGAUGUUUACCAGACUCAUGCUCCGAAAGAUCGACUAAUGGUCGAUUAUUUUCGCUACAUGAACGACAUGAUCGAGCAGGCUGAGAUCUUCACCAAAUUCUCGGAGGCGAAGCGAGCUUUGGAAUUUUACGCCGUCGCAGUGGACGCGAAUCAUCGUCGCAAAGGCUUGUCAACCGCUCUCAUGAGUCAGGGCCUCGAGUACGCUAAGAAAAACGAGAUCGAUGUGGUUUUUGGCCUGUUCACGUCUCCGUACUCCAAAAGAGCCGCCGAGAAAAUUGGAUUGAAAAAUAUUUUCCAGCUCGACCUUCUCGAGUACUCUCCUGUCGGCGAGGAAAAUCGAGGACUGUUCAAAAAUUCCGUGCCUCACAAUUACGCUUCGAUCAUGGCUAUUUCAACUUAAAUAAAAUUCUUGUUAAUUACUUUGUAUCAAAGACAUAAUUUAUUCUACCGAGUUUCGUAGUAUUUACUCAAUAUUUGCUAGUUUUCUUUUAUUUUGUAUUACUAACAAUCGUAUUAUAAAA